AUGGAAGAUUUCUACAUUAACAACACCUCACAGAACUAUGAUUACAGCGAGUUCACCUUUAACUCCUAUGAAUAUAAAAAACUUGCAUUCAUCAAACAUGUGGUUACAUGUACAAUCAUUGGUAUCGGCCUUCCUUUGACCCUUGUGGCUGUCUAUGCUCUUUAUUCUAUGGUGAGAAGUGAUCAUGUUGCUCCGAUCUACGUCAUCAACCUUCUCAUUACCGACCUCCUUCAGCUCUGCUACAUGAUCGUUGAAGCUGCAAAACCUGAGAAUGUGAAGACAUCUGACAUUGUCAAGUAUAUUUUCUACCUCGGUCUGAUUGCCAGUGUUGGCUUCAUGGUCUGCGUCGCCCUGGAAAGGUAUUUGGUCAUCGCCCACCCGCUGUGGUACCGCUGCAGACGAACCAUCAAGAGCUCUGUGGUGGUCUGUGUCUUGGUCUGGGGCAUUCCUCUUGUAUAUUUCCUCACUUUGUAUUUCUGGCGUGUAUAUGUGGCCCACAUCUUCGCUGUCCUCCUCCUCCUUCCCUUCCCACUGUUCAUAUUCUUCCUGGUUGGGGCCCUCAGAGCCCUGUCUGCUUCCGUCUCGGUCCCCUCUGAUGAAAAACGAAGAAUUGUGGGAAUUUUGGUUCUGGUGCUGCUUAUUUACACGCUGCUGUUCCUGCCCACCAUCAUUUGGUAUCUGGGGAUAUACUAUGACAAGACCCUCAGCGAGCUGUCUUUCAUGUUUCUUCCUCUUGCAGACUUAGUCCUGUAUGUGUUCAUGAGGAAAGGGAUCAUAGACAAGCUUUUGGCCUCUGUGUGUUGUUGCAGAAUGGACAGCAAUGAUAUCAGCAGU